AUGUAUAAGACGAAAAAAUAUAAAAAUCCAUUUCCAACUAAUAGUUAUAAGGAACCUGAAAACGAUAGUGAUAACGAAUAUAUUUUACAUAAUGAAGAAGACAACGAAGAUUAUGGUAGUAAUAAUAAUAAUAUAAACAAUGAUGGUUUUUCAUAUGAAGAUAAUAUUGAAAACAGUGAUACUGAAGAUGAAAGAGAAGAUUAUGGUUAUAUUAAUUAUAAUACUAAUAAUGAAGAAGAUGAUGAACCCAUUGACUUAUCAACACCAAUAAAAAAGAAAAAAGCGAAUAAUAAAUCUUUUAAACCACCAUAUAAAAAUACAACAACGACAACAACAACAACAACAACAACACCACCAACACCACCACCUUCAAAAAGUAAUAAUAAUAAUAAUAAUAAUAAUAAUAAUAAUAAUAAUAAUAAUAAUAAUAAAAAUAAAGAGAACAUAAAUAAAGAAAGCGAAUAUGAAUUAAAUAAAUUUUUAGAUUUAUAUAAUGACUUUAAAAGCGAAUCCGAUAAUAAAGUGAAACCAACAGCAACAACUACAACUACUACCACUACUACUACUUCUACCUCGACUUCGAAAUUAAAUAAAGAUAAAAAAGGUGUAAUUGUUAUUGAGAGUGAUGAAGAAAAAGAAGAUAAUACUAUUAAAAUUAAUAAAAGGAAUGGUAAAAGAAAAGAGGGAGAGCAACAACAACAACAACAACAACAACAACAACAACAACAACAACAACAACAACAACAACAACAACAACAACAACAACAACAACAACAACAACAACAACAACAACAACAACAACAAGGAAAUGAGGAUAAUUUAAAAUCUGAAAAUUUCAACAAAUUCAAAAAACUAAAAUCAUUUUCUAACCAACCAACUCCUCUUCCACCCAUGCUUUCUAAUCCAUUUUUAAAUAAUAGUGGUAAUAGUCAUAACAAUAACAACAAUAGAAUUCUUUUUAAUAGUCAAUUUACAAAUGCUUCAAAUUUAAAUAAUAAUAUAAAUAAUAAUAUAAAUAAUAAUAUAAAUAAUAAUAUAAAUAAUAAUAUAAAUAAUAAUAUAAAUAAUAGAAAUAAUAAUACAAAUAAUUAUACAAAUAAUAAUAAUAAUAAUAAUAAUAAUAAUAAUAAUACGAAUAACAAUAAUUCAAAUAAUAAUAUUAAUAAUAACAAUUAUAAUAAUAAUAAUAAUAAUAGUUUUUCAUUUUUACCAAUAAGAAGUAAUACAUUACCAACAAUAGUAACAAGAAGAACCGGUAUUCAAUCAUCUUCCUCUGAUAAUGGAAAUAGUAAUAGUAAUCAUAGUAGUUCUAUGAAUAAGAGAAAUACUUCAAAAAGUAAUAAUAAAAAAUCUACAACAACAACAAAGACAGUUUUACCACCACCCUUAUCAAGUAGAACUCAAGAGGAAGAAGAUUAUGCACUCGCAUUAUCCAUAAGCGAAGGUCUUAAUGGCGGUAGUGGCGGCGGUAGUGGUAGUGGUAGUGGUAGUAGUGAUAAUUCAACAAAAACAAAGAGAAGCAAAAGUGAAAAUGAUUUACCGAAUGAAGAAACUAGACAUCAAGUUGAAAUGGAUAGAAGAUUCGCUGAACAAUUACAUAGAGAACAACAUGAAAAUAUAAAUCAAAUACAACAAUUACAAAGACGAUUGCACCUUAAUCAACAAAGAACCAAUAAUAUUAAUAGAAAUCAUCAUGGUGAUGAAGAUGAGGAGGAUAUUGAAAUGCUUAAUUUAAGGGCUUAUCAACAAAUACAACAACAAUUUAAUCAACAUUUUAAUCAACAAUUAAAUCAAUUAGCCAACCACCCACUUGCAAAUCUAUUUUCACAUGCCUCUAGAGGUAGAGGUAGGGGUGCUAGGAGAAUACCUCAUCAUCCUCAUCAUCAUCAUCAUCCUCAUCAAGCACAAUAUUUAACAGGACUUAGUCAAGAGCAAUUGAAUUUAAUGACUCGUGAUUUCUCAAGUAACGAUUAUGAAUUACUGCUUCAAUUGGAUGAAAAUAUAAAUAAUAAGGGUGCCACCACAAGUGAUAUCGAAAAUUUACCUGUACAUACAUUAAAUAAACCAACUGCUACUACUACCUCAACAACAACAACAACAAAUUCAUCAACUAGCGACGAUAAUAAAAAAAAUGAACCAACAACAGAUGUUACUUGCUGUAUAUGUCUAUGUGAAAUGGAACCUGGUGAUGCUGUAAGAACUUUACCAUGUAAACAUUUUUUCCAUGUAUCAUGUAUAGAUCAAUGGUUAAAAGUUAAUAAAGUUUGUCCAAUUGAUAAAAAGGCUAUUGAUGAAAAAUAA